CCGAAGGGAGUUGCCAUUCGCCAACUCAUUUUCCCGCGGUUCCCCAACCUAAACUCUCAGUAUCCAACACCCAUGGCGGCGGCGGCGGCGGCGCCCGUCGCGAGUCAAGCACAGGCAGUGCUCCGCAAGCGGCUCUGCGACCCGGCCUUCGUCCACUCCCCUCUCAAAUCCUCGCCAGACACCAACUACAGUAAGCUGAAGUACCUCGUGGCUAGUUCCGUCUCAGAGGCCUGCAACAAUUCCGUCCUCCUGCUUGGACCCCGCGGCUGCGGAAAAGGAGCGGUGAGGUUCCUUUUCUUCUUCCCUUCUCUGACGUGCCGAAAUGCAGUGUUGGUGUUUGACGAAAUGUGCCUGUGGGUAAAUGGUUCUACCUACCGAUGUGCUGUGUUCUCGGUUGGGGGCUUAGGUUUCAUUUCUUUACAGGUGCUCGACAUGGUUCUAGAGGACCUGAAGAAGGAACAUCCUGAUGCGAUAUCUGUGAUCAGGCUGAAUGGGAUGUUACAUAGUGAUGACAACUGUGCCAUGAAGGACAUUGCUAGGCAGCUUUGUUUGCAGCAUGAACUGUCAUUUUCCAAAAUGGCUUCUUCAGAUGACAACACCGAAUUCAUGAUUGACAUGUUACGGGAGUGCGGAUUAGCUCACAAGACUGUAAUUUUUAUCCUGGAAGAGUUUGACCUCUUUGCUCAGGGGAAGCAGCGGUUACUCUAUAGCUUACUUGAUGCGAUGCAGUCUCUUACAUCACAAGCUGUUGUCAUUGGUAUGAGUUGCCGAUUGGAUGCAGAUCAACUGCUAGAAAAAAGAGUUCGAUCCCGCUUCUCUCAUAGGAAGCUUCUUUUCAUUCCUUCUUCAUUGGAUGAUAUACAGAGCUUGACGGAACAUUUGCUAAUGCUAGACCAAGCCUCGGUCUUACCAACAAACUAUGUUACGGAGUAUAACUCAAGGCUUACUAGCAUUUUCAACCAUAAGAAGUUCAAAGGAAUUCUCAACUCUCUCACAGAUGCUGAUGCAACAACCAGCAACAUCCUGAGAUUUCUUUUCAGAGUGGUGUCAUAUAUGGACAAGGAAUCUGGACUUCUGUCAAUUGACUGCUUUACAAAUGCACUUUCCUGCAUGCAGAGGCAACCCAAGAUGGACAGUUUGCAAGAUCUGUCGAUUUUGGAACUGUACGUACUUGUGUGCAUGAAUAGACUAGAAGAUAAGGAGCAAAAUUCUUACAACUUCAACACUAUAAUGAAAGAAUACAAAUCUAUACAGGACGCCUACAAAACUUCUGACAAGUAUGCUACCACUGUUUGUUUUAGGGCUUUUGAACAUCUUCUGGAUCGCGAGUUGAUUACCUUCGCAGAUACCAAAGGGAGAAAUAUAGCGCUUGAAUAUCGGCCUGUCAAACUUCUAAUAUCUUCUCGUGAGCUUGCAGAAUCCCUCAAGUUAAACACUACCUGCCCUACUGUACUGCAGAAGCUGCUUGACCGUGAAAGAUACAUGUAAAAGUUCCCAUGUGUUUACUGAAGUUGCGGUACUAUUUCAGUGUUGCUGGUGUGCUUGUUUCAGGCAAAUUCGUUAUCAGGUGUAUAUAUUCUAUUCCUUAGUAAUUGGGGUUAGUAAAUGGGCUGUGUGAUGUUUUGCCAUUUUUAUCUCUUCUUUUCCCUUCUGUAUUUUGUUCUGUCAUUGUGUUGUUUGUUGCACCUGCAGACGUUUCAGUAUCAGGUAGCAAAGCAAAAAUCCAACUUUGAAAACUUUUGGUGGUGUAUGUAUUCUACAGUAUACCGAUCAAAUCAGCCAAGCGAAUACAGCUGGGCGGUGCUUGCUUUCCCUGGUUCCAAAUAGACGAAAGAACCUUUGCCGAGUUUGUAA